UGCAAAAUGUCGUAAUUAAUAGAAGUGAGGUUAACGUCCAUUGUUAUUAAAAUUUCCAUUAAUGUCGUCUAUGACUUUUGGCCAAAAAACGUUCACACCGACACCGCCGGAUAAAGGAAGCUUCCCGUUGGAUCACGAGGGGGUGUGCAAAAAGUCCAUGAUCAGUUACAUGAAGUGUUUGUACACGCACAACAACGACAAUUCAAAGUGCAGGGAAGAGGCUCGUGAAUAUCUGGGCUGUCGCAUGGAGAAUAAUUUGAUGGCAAAAGAAGAUUGGAACAAAUUGGGUUUUUCUAAAGAUAAAUAA